CUGCGCCAGCUUAUAAACUGUGCAGAUCAAGCCGCGUUGAAAAGGAGUAGGCUGGCCGUCAGCGCGGCCUGAUAGACAAAAGAAGAAUAUAUUUUUUUCUGUAAUAUUUUGUGAAUUAUAAUGAAGAUCUGAAAAUGGCACAGAAGGACACAUUUUUACAUCUCAUUGCUGGGGGAUGUGGCGGUACGGUUGGUGCCAUCGUCACCUGCCCCUUGGAGGUGCUGAAGACCCGGCUGCAGUCCUCAGGCCUGUCGCUCCGGCCUGUGUUUCAGAUGCAGCUGGGUACAGUCAACGGAGCAGGGGUCAUCCGGCCAGGUGCUGUCUCACCAGGGCUGCUACAGGUCUUACGGUCAAUUCUUCAGAAAGAGGGACCAAGAUCACUCUUCAGAGGACUGGGUCCAAACCUUGUUGGAGUUGCACCUUCAAGAGCUGUGUAUUUUGCUGCCUAUUCCAAGUCGAAAGAGACAUUCAAUGGAAUCUUUGUGCCUAACAGUGGAGUUGUACAUGUAUCCUCAGCGGGAUUCGCAGCUUUCAUCACAAACUCAUUGAUGAACCCGGUCUGGAUGGUCAAGACACGAAUGCAGCUAGAGAAUAAAGCAAGAGGAGAGAUGAGGAUGAACGCGCUGCAGUGCGCGCGCUAUGUUUACCAGACGGAGGGGCCACGCGGCUUCUACCGGGGCCUGACGGCAUCGUACGCCGGCAUCUCCGAAACCAUGAUCUGCUUCCUUAUUUACGAGACGCUGAAGAAGCGCAUGGCCGAGCAGCUCGCGACCGUCGCCAAGACCGAGCGCCAGAAGGGAGCGUCCGACUUCCUGGGCCUCAUGGUGGCUGCAGCCUUCGCCAAGGGCUGUGCCUCCUGCGUAGCAUAUCCACACGAGGUCAUCCGAACAAGACUACGGGAAGAGGGCAGCAAGUACAAAUACUUUUUCCAGACGGCGCGUCUGGUGGCGGUGGAGGAGGGAUACGCCGCCUUUUACAGAGGACUCAUUCCACAGCUCUUCCGACAGAUCCCCAACACGGCCAUCACGCUGUCAACUUACGAGCUCAUUGUCUACCUGCUAGCGGAGUCCAAAUGAGCGCCAUACGUCCCUCAUCCUACCCCUGCCCUUACCCGCCCCCCCUUUCCCCAGGCCCACGGACCAGACAAGGGGAACAAGCCAGAGACUGUAAACACUGCAGAAGAGGUGGCCUGAAUGUACAUCCUGUAGUAACAGGCUGUUCUUUUUUUUUUUUUUGCUUGAGUGGGAUGCAGGCUUGAGUGGUUACCCAAAGACUUUUAAAGCUUUUUUGUAUUAUUAUUAUUAUUUUAAUGAAUGCAUACGAUCAGAUGUUUCGGUUGACAGACUUUUGCGUCUGGAAGGACUUUGCGAGAUAUUAAGUUUGUAAAGAGUGAAUAUGGUACCUACGUGUGCAAAUGAACCAUGCAGACAAGAAACUACUAGAAUUGUACAGAGAAAAGAGAUAAUGGGUUAUCUGAAAAGGUGACACUUUUAAGUUAACUAAAUUAUUGUUAUCUAGUUAUAUUGUAACCAGUUGCUGUCUUUCUUUUAUUUCUGUCUCUGUUUGUCCUUCUAUCAGUGGUAAAUGUCUGAGAAUGCUUUGGCCACUUUACCUGUGGACCUUAGAAUAGGACGCUAAAAUGAGGUCACACUUUGCUUGCCAUCAGACAUGUUCACAAACUCGGCACAUCAUGUCAGCUCUUACGUAGAUGGUCAAGAAGUCGACUAAACAUUUAACAACUGGUUUCAUUUCCUAUAAGUUAAUCAAGGUCAUUUGUAUAUUUUGUUUGUGAGCUGCAACAAUAGUUCUUUUACAAAAAAGUGCAUAUUUAACCAGUGGUUUAAUAAACACAUUGGUAAAACUGUU